AUGAGAGUCCAAAACCUGUGGUCGUCGCUACGACCACUCGUCUCAGCGCCGACGACCAGCGCAUUCAGCAGCCAAAUACGAUGUCUACACAGGACACGGCCUCGUCCCACGAUUCCCGAACCCCGACCAUUUGUCCCCGAUGUCGAGACGUUUCUGAAGCUCAUUGGCCGCGGCCUGAGCAGGCACGCGAGCAAGUUUCCCUCAUGGGAGGCGCUCUUCACCAUGACCUCUGUGCAGCUUAAAGAGCUCGGCGUCGAGCCCCCGCGCACACGACGAUACCUCCUGCAGUGGAUGCAGCGCUACCGCAAGGGCGUUGUCGGCCCCGGCGGCGACUUCAAGUUUGUGCAGGACGGCGAGGCGCACCUGCGCGUCGCGAUGCCGCCGGCGGGCGCCGCCACGGAUGCGCGAUGGGUGGUCAACGUACCCCACGGCGAAGGAAUCAACCCGCAAACUACGGAGGAGACGUAUCCUCGGCCAAAGGGCUACUCGGUCCGCGGCCUGAAGACGAUAGCCGGCAGCUACGCCACCGAGCUGCCGGACAAGGGCGGUGCCGUGGUCAAGAUUACAGAAGGCAUGUGGGAGCAGAAGCAGGGAAGAAAGAUUGACGGUGGUGAGCGCAGAAGGGCAGAGACGCGCUUCAAGAAGCGCUCCGCGGCGCGCCGUUCCGAGCGUGAGGCCGAACUGAUGAAGCACCUGUAA